ACCCCAGAGCAAUAGAAUUGAUUAAAGUGGCAUUAUGUGCUUUGCAAUUAUUUAUUCUAUUUCGGAAAAAAUAGUGUGAUUUUUGUUACCUUUGUGUGAGUACUGGCAGCUGGAGAUUUGUUCAUGAGGUGUUGCAAUGUUUGUACCUUUUUCAAAGAAAACUGGUAUGAUUCAAAGUAACUUUUGCCCAUCCCCAAUCUUUUUUCUGAACAAAUUCCAUAUGAUUCUAAGGAAUUUAUCAAAUUUUAAUUUUUCUAUCAAAGCUCAAGGUGAGAUUUCCCGAUAUAAAGCUGCUCAUUUUUGGUGUAGAACGCCAACUUACUCAUCGCUUUCAGGGCCAAGCUUCUUGUGUCAAUGUUAUCCUAAGAGAUGGCUGGAUGCGGUUCCCCGCCUCAAAAAAAGCUAGGUUCGAUUCCUUCAUGUAAAUCCUUACCAUUACAGUAUCGUCGCCGAACUGCGUAGCGAGAGUCUUUGUGCGAGGUGAGAUUCUUGGUCUCGUAUUCGGUAGCACCUGCCAGAGGUUCUAUGAUACCGGUACCGGUAACGGCCAACUGAAUGCAAGGCCAAUGAAGGAGAUGCGGCAACCCAUAACCCUGCAGAAUGACUCACCGAAGCCGUAAACUCGAUAACCACCUCAACCCCAUAAAAGAGCUCAAUUCCUCUCCAGGUCGUAGAAUAUCUCCCCCAGAGCUUGAGAAAAACUCAGCACAAUGUCCGAAGAAACUCACACACCGGUCACCGGCGGUUGCCUUUGCGGAGCUAUCCACUACAAGGUCUCCUUCCCAGCCGGCCCAGAGACGGAAUGGCCUCCAGUUGUAAGCUCCAGCAUUACCCUGAACUUUGCACGCACUCUAGUGAGGCUAACCACUUGCUAAAGCCACACAUUUGUCAAUGCACUCAAUGCCGCAAGAACACGGGCUCGUUGGUGGUGCACUUUUUCAUCAUUGAGCCCAAGACCGUCACUUGGUCAUCACCGGCACCAACGUACCGCGAAUACUCUGCUUCGCCCGGGCGUUUCAGAGGCUUCUGCGAUAAGUGCGGGACAUUGUUGACGUGGAGGAGUGAGGCCAGUCCGAACGAGAUUGAGAUCACUACGGGUUCACUUGAUGAAAGUGUGCUGAAAGAAUUCGGGGAUAUCCUGGGGAAGCCCGUUGGUGGUCAAUAUUGGUGCAGUAACGCUAUAAAGGGGCUCACAGACGUUAUUCCCGUGGGUGAUAGGUACACUGAAGGGCCGGGGAGCGCAAAGUGUUGAGGCGUGAGGCAAGGGCUUUGUUUUGCGUUGUAAAAGCGGAGUAGGCUCAAUAGGAGAUAGCGAUGUUUUAUUGUGUUUCCAUGUAUUGUGGUUAGCUAUAUCGAAGCAAGUUUGGUGGUGGCGGUGGCCUAGAAUUAUGAUACCUCUAUGAGAUUUAGGAUCGAUAUCCUGUUACUCGUCAAGUCAGCUUAUGAUAAAGCAGCAUUAUACCGGCAUCACUAAUCAACAAGACGUGAAUAACGAUCUUUCGAGUUCAAUCGUGGUAGGCAAGAAUUGGUGCGGUAUCGUGGUAGAUGGCCUCUACCCCCAGCGGUUUAACAGGAGGUAGUGGGCAUACUGUACAGUGCUACAGAUCUUGGAUCCGUUGCACUCGUCUUCAAGCCUUCUCCCACUGAAUUAGCAGGGGACUGGCGUAUCUCUAACCAUAGAAUUCCACUCGUUUAUCGACAACUUCUAUUGGCCUAGUUUUGUAUUAUUGCUUUGCAAAAAUACCCUAAUGGAGGCAAGCUAUUUGUAAGUCUUUUCGGGCAGUUGAUGGUGAAGGGCGUUUGCUGGUGCCUGCGGGGGUGCUGUCGGUGGUCCUGUGUUUGUUGUUUUUUUGUAUCAUAGAUAACAUUUUUCUAGUAACCUAUGUUUGAGCCAAUGUUACGUAUAUAUAGCGUGGUAGUCGGCCUCCUCGUAAAGGGUACCAGUAUUCCCUGAGAUACCAAGGCACAAGGCAGAUUUCUCUUUUAUCUCAUGUUCCAUUUUUAUCUCCCCCUCCCUUUCCCUCCCUUUCCCCCCCUUUCCCUGCUAGGUAUUUGCUAUGCUUCGGCCGAUUUUCUCAUAGUGGCCCAUUCCUCAAAUUGCAAUGAAGAUAUUCGAUGAUGGUAUCGUGCUGGAGAUAUGUAUACGAGAUUAUUAUGACAGUUUCAUGCUCUGAGGGGGGGGGAUACCCUGUCACGGGCUGUGUCUUCCAUUUGCACAGCAUCCCCGUUGUGCUACUCACCGUAAGAGAACCAAUGCCCCCAAAGCGCUACGAUAUUGCUGAUCGGGUGUGGUUGCUGACCGCUUUUCUCUCUCUCGUAUUCACAAAACGUAUCAUAAGAAACAUGAGCUCGUAUUGUUUUGUCAUUCCCGAAGGAACAGCCACCAUAGCUUAGGGAAUUUCUAGUCACUUCCAUCUCCCUUCCGAUACAACACGGGCUAUCGGGUUCUUAAAGUAGUUCGUUUGGGUGUACCAAAGCAACCCGACAAUCCCAAUGACCGGCCUGACUCCAUAGAUCAUACUCGGUUAAUCAAACACGACGAGCAGCACGGGAACCUCAGCCCUGGGCUUGGUUAUGGCCUCCGGGCCAACACUCUUCUGGUCCGGC